AUGAAUCCACUCAAGAAUUCACGAGAACCCAAUUACAGUUCUAUAGUAGACACUUCCCAUGGUGGUUUGGAGACAAAGGUCUCUUUCUACAAUCGAGACGGUGUGCCCUUCUAUCGCCCUGAGACAUUCCAUUUGGCACCAACCAUGGGGGGGAACGGACAAGCCCUUCCCAUUAGCGUCCGCGACCUCGCUGGUAGCACUCCGCUGGGUGAGACAUAUCGAAAUGAGGGGGCCCGUCUAGGCAGUGAGGGCGUGCGGCUACUUGGGAACUGGCCCGUUGGGAAGGUGAGGAUUGUAGGUAGAGUUGUUGGUGAGGCGCGGGUAGACGAUGGGAGCAGUGGGUAUGCAUUGGAGGUUGCGGGGAAAAUAGCGGCUGUUGAUAGUGAAAUGCUAGGUUCGCUUGUGGCUGUGGAGGGGUCCGUUCUCAAUGUCGCUGGAGGAGUGGUGUGCGUGAGGGGGGAAAAAUGCCACCGAGUGAGGGAAGCAGAGCAGAUCAAAUGGUGGGGGGAAGUUGUGCAAACGAGGGAGAUGUUAAGAAAACCAUGGAUUCAACAUGAGGUUAUAGUUAUUGACGAUGACAAUGAUAAUGACCAAGGGGGAUCUGAUAGUAUUAACAAUUGGUUAAAUGAGGAUGUUUACAAUGGUGUUAAUUCUCUCAAAGAGUUGGAAAAUGAAGUCACACUUAAAACCCCCACUCUUGCUAUUGUGGAGGCAACAUUAGUCGGUGAACUUGUGGACAAGACGCUUGGUAGCACGCCUCGUACGGUUGAAGCGGCACAGCGUCUUUUAGCCGUGCGCUUUCUUGUUGCCGGGACCCCCCUUGUUCCCACACUUUUGGAGGCGGCGACGCAAGAACUUCUUGGCAUUUUGCUAAAACGACUACAAGAGAAAGGUGUGAUUUGUAUAACCGCCGAGGGUGUCAUUGACAAAAGCGUGCUACUCAACCAUGUUGCCGCUCUGCGUGAAUGGGUUACCAAUGUAAACCGAGAAUUUCGGGAAAUUAUGCUCGGAGAAGUGCUCUCACUGUUGUGGGAAAAAUGUACAUUGGAGACAGCGGUGUCUUUGGUAGACGUGGUUUCCCAGAAAAGUUUGAAAUAUAAUCGUGAUAGCCGGAGCUGGUCCAAGAGAGGCGACCAGGGAAAACAUUAG